UCAGAAGAUGUUGAGGUUGCUGUGCCUAUUGACCGUUCUGUUGUCCGUUCUCGAGACUGCUCUUGCGGACGGUUACGGUGGAGGUCACGGAGGACAUGGAGGUCAUGGAGGUCACUCUGGUAUUGGGACCGCGUGUAUAGUCAAGGGCUCCUACUGCCAAUGCCACUACUGUAAGUGUGAGAAAGGGCAUGUGCAUUGCUCUGGAUAUGGGUCCAGUGGAGGGGGUUACGGGAAGAAGUACUGCUAUGGAGGUACAGAAGGAGAGUACUGUCAUUGUGAUUACUGUAAAUGUAAACAUGGAUUCGGGCAGUCCGGCUACGGCGGAUGCAAAGGGCAUUAAAUUAUGGCGGUUAUUUUAUGUAAACGGCGGAGUUUAAGGUUCAUUCCACGUAAAUUACAGUAAAAAAAACUUUUUUCGGUUUAUUUACGUUUAAAAGUUUGAAAUCAUACGAAAUGUAAUUAUUUGAAUUUAAUUUUUACAAAAAAAAGACUGAACCUUAAUUUUAGGUUAAAUUAAUUAUCCUAGACUGUGUAAAUUUUAGAUCUGUAAAACACAAUUUGUACGUUUUAAUUCCUCAAAUAGAUACUUUA